AUGGCUUCUGAAGAUGAUCCACAAUUGCAUGACUAUAAUGUACCAGAACGAGUUCAAACAUUUAUCAAGGUUGAACAUGACCAAGCUGUAGGCUAUGCUGCAAAUCAUAUAGUGAUGACGAUGGGAAGUGAUUUUGAAAAUGAAAAUGCGAAUGAAUGGUAUAAGAAUUUGGAUAAAUUAAUCAGAUAUGUUAAUCAGGCCAAUCGAAUUUGGACAACCAAGACCAAUGAUUUUUUUCCAAUGUCACUUGCUACGCAUGGAAUUUUGAAUGAUUAUUUUACUUCACGACCAGCAUUGAAACGAUAUGAAUGCCAUUCAAAUAAUAUUCUUCAAGUCACAAGACAACUUAAUGGAUUUUCAAAUAAUACACUGCGUAGUGCAAUUUUUCCUCUCAGUGAAGCGAUGGGUAUUGGUCAGCAUCAUGAUGCAGUUAGUGGAGCAGAAAAACAAUAUGUUGCUAAUGAUUAUGCUCAACGAUUAUCCCAAGGUGCUGACGCCGCACUUUAUGUUAUCAAUGAAGCUUAUAAAAAAUUAUUAUCGAAAGCAGAUCAAUCACUACCGAUGUCUACUCAAUAUCUCUGUCAAUUUUCAAACAUUAGCGAAUGUUUACCAAUCGAACGACAAGAUAGUUUUACAUUAACAAUAUGGAAUCCAACAAUUCAGCAAAUUGAUAAUCUAAUUCGUGUACCAGUAACAAAGCAAUAUAAAAUUCGAAGUCCAACCGGUGAAACAAUUGCAAUUGAUCAUCUUCGAGUUGAGUUUGAUGAUCAAGGAAAUUUAAAUAGUAUUACUAACCGAGAUAAAAAUAUUACACUACAAUUUUCUGCUCAAGGUCUUUAUUGGUAUACAAGUUUUCAGGGUAACAAUUCUCGUCCGGAAUUUCAAUCAUCAGGUGCUUAUUACUUUCGACCACUCAAAUCUAACCCAUUGCCGGUGAGCAGUGCACGUAAUAUGUAA